CAAGAAUGCGUGCAGGUGUUCUAGUUGUCGGUUGGUAUCACGGUUAGGGUGGGUAAGGGUGGUCUCCUGGCGUCUUGGGUUGUGGUUGGCUGGCGCGUUGUCUGGAACAUGGUGGUUUUGGUCUUGGUCUUGGUCUUGGGGGUUGGCGUUUGCGUUUGCGUUAGCGAUUCCUGCUAUGAAGUAACGUGUGUUGUACCACCCCCCCUGUGUAAGGUUCAGUGUAAUUGCUGGGCGUACAGCCUCGCCUCUCUUCAGCGUGCCCCGCACGCAUCAUCCUUGGUAAUGAACCCCAACCCAGCAACGGGAUCUCUGGUUUCUAUUAGUAAAAGUAAACAAGCGAAAUAUGCAUCAUGAUCCCGAUCAUGCAUCAUCGCCAAGCAAGAACACAGCAAACCCAAGAAAAAUACUAGCUUCUAGAAUCAUUCCCUGAAGCCACCGCAUGUC